AUGUUCCCAUGGCUUGGGCCUCCAUGUCUCCUCCUAUCCUUCCUCAUCAUCUCCACGAUGCCGGCGCUGUUGCUCGCGGCAGCCUGCGAACCCGAGCGAUGUGGCAACCUGAGCGUCUCAGCCCCGUUCGGGGUCGUCUCGGGUUCUGAGGAGAACGGGUGCGCCCAGGCCCAACUCGGGUUCCAGGUCCACUGCACCGACGGCGUCCCCUACCUUGGGUACUACGAGCCGGAGUACGGGCUUCAGAUCCUCGACAUCUUCUACAACAACGGUUCCUUGCUAGUCUCCGACGUCCACAAGAUCGGAGGCUUCAAUCUCUCCAACAAGAAAGGAUACCGUGUCCCGACGGCCAACACCGCCACCAAAGUCGGGCCUCCGUUCUCGUUAAGUCCUCUGAACCAGAACCUCGUCUUCUACAACUGCACCAAGGUGCCGGCAGGCCAAGCAGGGCUGGUGGAGACGGUGUGCCGCAACAACACUUUUGUCCGUGCCAGAGGGCGAUACAACUGGACCGGCGGGAUCAACAGCGGGUACACUUUGGAGGGAUGCAGCGCCACCGCUGUGCCAGUGCUAGGGGCGUCUCAAGAGGUGAACGCCAGAGACUACAAGGCACUCAUCAGUGAUGGCUUCCUCCUGACAUGGCAGUCGCCGAGUGGCGGUAGUGGUCGCGAGAGGAGAGGGAAGAAGAUUAUGGUAAUAGGUAUGACAUCAGCAGCUGCAGCAUUUCUCUUUGCAUGUCUUUAUGUGCUGAUAUGGCAUAGAAAGGGGAAAAGAUCAUGGUUUCUCCUUUGCAAGAAGACUAGCAGCAACACUGAAAAGAAUUACGAGGCAAUGAUAGUGUCAUAUGGAUCCCUAGCUCCAACAAGAUACACGUACUCAGAGGUACUGAAGAUAACGUCUUCUCGCAACAAUCAGCUUGGGAAAGGUGGUUAUGGUGUGGUUUUCAAAGGAAGACUACAUGAUGGUCGUCUGGUGGCUGUGAAAUUCUUGCAUGACUGCAAAGGAAAUGGGGACGAGUUUGUGAAUGAGGUCAUGAGCAUUGGCAGGACCUCUCAUGUUAAUGUUGUUAGUUUAUUUGGGUUUUGUUUGGAGGGAUCAAAACGAGCUCUUAUAUAUGAGUACAUGCCCAACGGUUCCUUGGAUCAGUACAUUUAUUCAGAGCACCCCAAAGAAAUUUUAGGAUGGGAGAGGCUUUAUGCGAUAGCAAUCGGGAUUGCUCGUGGCCUCGAAUACUUGCACCAUAGCUGUAAUACACGUAUUGUCCAUUUCGAUAUCAAGCCCCAAAAUAUCCUUCUAGACAAAGAUUUUAGCCCAAAGAUUGCUGAUUUUGGUCUAGCUAAAUUGUGUCAUACAAAAGAGAGCAAUCUUUCAAUGACUGGAGCUAGAGGAACAAUUGGAUUUAUAGCCCCAGAAGUUCACUCUCGAACCUUCGGGGUGGUUUCAACAAAGUCGGAUGUUUAUAGUUACGGAAUGAUGCUGCUGGAGAUGGUUGGAGGUAGGAGAAACGUAAAAUCGAUUGUUGCAAAAUCCAGCGAAAAGUAUUUUCCAGAUUGGAUUUACGAUCACUUUGCACAAGAUGAUGGACUACAAGCAUGUGAAGUGACAAGAGAAAUUGAGGAGAUUGCGAGAAAGAUAACAUUCAUUGGCUUGUGGUGCAUACAAGUGUUACCUAUGUAUCGCCCUACUAUAACCAAAGUUCUAGAAAUGUUUGAGAGAAGCUUAGAUGAUCUGGACAUGCCGCCAAAGCAGAACUUCUGUGAACUACUUGAAAGUUCAGCUCACAAUAUGGAUGUACAAAAUUCAAGUUCUACCAGAUCUGAGGAGAUCAGCCUUGUGAAUUCAAAAAUCCUACAACAAUCGCCAACUCUUUGA